AUGGACGGUGGCGGAUAUUCUGGAGAUGGUGACCUGGGCAACAGGACAACGCAAUCAAUUUCGAGUAAAAAAUUGCAACAAACUCAGGCUAAAGUUAAUGAAGUUGUUGAUAUCAUGAAAGUAAAUGUUGAAAAAGUUUUGGAAAGAGAUCAAAAACUGUCAGAGCUCGACAAUCGCGCAGAUGCGUUGCAACAGGGGGCUGCACAAUUUGAACAGCAAGCUGGCAAAUUGAAACGCAAAUAUUGGUGGAAGAAUUUGAAAAUGAUGAUUAUUAUUGGUAUUAUUUGUACAAUUAUACUGAUUAUUAUAAUUGUAUCAUCAUUACCAAGUUCAGAUGCACCUGAGCCUAAAGAAAAUCAUUAAAAUUAGAUAUUUUUUCAAAAAAUCAGUAAACUAUUUUUAUAUACAAUGUUGUUAUAUAUGAGUUUAUCAUAAAAUUAAAGUAAUAAUAAUAAUUAUAAUAAUAUAAU